AUGCAGCGGUCUUUAGAACAAGCUUUGGAGCGUGCGGAGUAUGUCAUUGCGAGUGCCCAGCAGAGGCCUCCUAAAAGGAAAGGCUCGUCAAGCGGGGAAGGGUCUCUGUAUGAGAAACUGUAUGACCUCUAUGUGGAAGAAUGCGGGAAGGAGCCCGAGGCCGCGGAGGAACUAAGAAGCAACGUGAACUUGUUGGAGAAGCUCGUCAGGAGAGAGUCGUUGCCGCGCUUAGUGGUCAACCUGUACCCGGGAAAGGAGGGAUAUUCGCUGAUGCUGGAGGGCUUAAUGGGUUCCUAUUCGGAGACCAUUCGACUGCCUUAUUAAUAAUUGGAGUUGCUUCAAUACUUGGACGCUGAAGAACUGCCUCCCGCCCUGGUGGACCUCCUGGAAAAAUGUCAGGUUAACUUUUUUCACUCUGGGUGUGUCGUAGCCCAAGUACGGGACUACCGGCAGUGCAGUCGGGAACCUCCAGGCUACGAGAGCCGGCAUGUCCUCCUGCGGCCAACGAUGCAGACGUUAGUCUGCGACGUGCAGUCCAUGGCCAGCGAUCACCCGACCUGGACCCAGGAAGACAGACUUUUGCUCGAGAGCCAGCUGAUCUUAGCCACUGCCGAACCGCUGUGUCUUGAUCCUUCUGUAUCAGUAGCCUGCACUGCAAACAGGCUGCUCUAUAACAAGCAAAAGAUGAACACUCGCCCGAUGAAAAGGAGCUUCCAGAGGUAUUCUGCACCCUCCCUGCACCUGCAGGAGGAGCUGUCUCAUUGUCCACCUCCUCCUGAGCUGAGAGUAUUGACUUACAAGAAAAGCAAAGAAAGUAAAACAAGUAAGAACUGUGACUUUGUAAGUUCUAAAGUCGGGAAUUAUGUAGAUACAUGGAAACAGAGACCCUGUGACUUGGCCAUACCUUCUGAAGUGGACGUGCAGAAAUACGCUAAAGAGGAGAAAUCUGUCGAAUAUGAUGACUCACAACCAACAGUCUGGCCAAUCUACAAGGCAAAUGAUAAUUCUGAAUUUGGAUAUGAAAGUGGCAAUGAGUCUCCGACAACAAAGCCGGCCUUCAUGCAGUCACUUAAUGAUCCACUUAUCUCUGGUAAAAGAAGGGUACGAAAAAAAAUCAGACAUAAAAGACAGGAGACUCCUCCACACUCCUCCACAUGUGACCAUUCAAACAGUGUUCUUCCUGGGUCAAAGACGGAUGCUGGGGGGGAAGUCAUUCAGUCAGAGGUCUUGGUCCAGGAGAAGGCCAAACAUCUGGUCACCAUGUCACACAGCUCCAGUGGCUCAGCCAGCCUUAGCCAGCUGCCUCCAGGGAAAGAAACAGAACUGCCUGAGAUGGUGUCUGUUCAAUCUUCAAUCCUGGGGAAGGGAAUCAGCCAUCCAUCUCCAUCCAUCAAACCUCUCUCAAGCUCAGGAGAGAGUAGGUCAGGUAACAGAUUUACUCCAUGGCAGGGAAGCAGCUCUCUUAACUCUCCAUUUCCUUCUGCAGCUACUAAGCCACCAAGUCUUUCCCAGAAAUUCGCUGUGGAAGUGAAUCAAAUUAGCACAUUUCCUGUGGCUACUGUGUCCACCACAAGCUCACUACAAAGCCCCCUGGCCACCGAGGUCACAGCCAGUUCUGCUGGCCCCAACAUCAUCAAAGUGGUGGGCCCUGUUUGUGGAGCCCAGGCUUUAGUGACAGGCUCCAGCCCUGGGCAGGGCUCUACUGCUGGGGCCACAGCUCCUACAGGAAUCAAUCCCAGCAAUCUGCCCUUGGGAUCCUGGCCACAAAAUGCAGUCCCUGCUGUACUGCAGGUUCCUUCUCAAGUACAUGUUCAGUUUUUGUUAAAUGAUGUGCCAAGUAUCAGGCCAGUAACUGUGCUCCAGCUUCCACAAGGUUCAGUCGUUUUCAACACCCAGCAACAGCCUCAGCAGCAGUGGCUCUACCAAUUGAUUCCACAACAACUUCAACAACCCACAGCUUCCAGUCAACAGCCCGCAGCUUCUCAUCCUCAGCAGCCAGUAUCACAGGGUUCAAGUGCACAAGGGCCAACCAGUCAGAGAACAGCCUUAUCCGCUCCACAAGCUGGUAUCCUUAACCUCACUGGAGCAGGAAGUUUGCUGCAGCCCCAGGCAGCUGUGCUGUCUCCACUUGGCUGUGUGGACAGCCAGAGACAACCCGGGCAGAGCGGCCCUCAGCACACAGUGCAGCUGCCCCCUGCCUCACAGCUUCAGCCACAGCAGCAGGAACAGUUGAGAAUCCUGCAGCACUCAGUGGCUGUGACAACAGGAGCCACCCAGACAGCUCAGCCACAUCCAUCUAAUGAGCAUGCAGCAAACCAAUCAAAAGGUAAAAUGAACAAAGGCACACCAACCACUCCAAAAUCCUAG